AUGACAGCCGAUGAAUUUGUACCAGAUAGCAGUUUUGAGCUUGGAGACAUUUUUUGGGCCAAAGUUGGAAGUCAUCCCUGGUGGCCAUGCAUGAUUUAUUAUAGUCCUGAAGGCGACUGUUAUAAUAAGAACAGAGGAAAAACGUUCGUAAAUCAUGUGCAGUUUUUUGGCCCUCUAGUAGAGCGUGCAUGGGUUCAGGCCGCUUGUCUACUACCAUUCUAUGAUAAUGUUGUUAAUAUAAUGUCUGGUAUUCCCCUUACCAUUGAGGAGGAAGCUGAAUCCUUGUCUACAUUUUUGCGAGAAGAGCUGGAACGUCGCCUUUCAGCCGAUCCUGACUUAAGCAAGUCCGUCCUCGAAAACGAGCUCAGAACACAGUGGACAGCAUUUGACAUUGCUACAAAGCGUCAGUAUAUUAGUGACAAACUUGGAAUUUUUCAAGCAAGCCGCAAGUCUGUGAAUUUGGCUAUGAAAAAAAUCAGGGCAAAUUUGGAACCGAAAUGCGAAGAUCAUUCAGAAUUGCCUCCUAAGAAAGGUCGUGGAAAAAAGAGUUUUGUUGAUGGAAGGAAACAAAAGGGAUCUGGUGUCGCUUCGAGAUAUUCUGCCAGUUGCAGUGAAUUCGAUGUGGAGAUUCAUCGUUUAGUUGCAUCCCCAGCUGCCUAUCGCCCUCAGCCAGUUUGUCCAGCAUGCGAGGUAUAUUCCAGUCUACCUGGUCGUAUGCUUCUCUGUAAUGGACCGUGUCAUCGCACUGUACACCCCGACUGUCUGCGCUACAAAAUGCCUCCUCCAUCAGGUAGGUAUUCACUUUUAUGGAGCGGGCGUGCCUUAUAG